UUGAAGAUUUUAUUAAAUAUCUUUAUUCAAAAAAAACUAAAUUGGAAUUAGAAGUAUUUAAACAAAAUGCAAGAAAUAUAAAGAAGAAGAUAAUGAAUAAAUUAAAAGAAGAUAGUUCAUUAAUUGAAUAUAAAGAAGUUGAAUUAAAACAAGUAUUUGAUGAAGACACAACUUCUUAUAUUAAGAAAUUUGUUGCUAAUAUGAAAUUAAUUGGUGUUGAAGUACCAAAACUACAAUUUAAAUAUUAUGUAAUAUAUAAACAUGAAGUUAAAGAAGUUUGA